AUGGGCAUCAGUCAGUCUAUGGUGCACGCGUUGAAGUCGAAGGUAAAUCUGGUUCCAACGGUUGGCAAAAUGGACGGGGGUCCUCUGGAUCAUGAUCCUGAUCCCGCGAUGAUAUUGGAGGGUAGACUUCAGGGCUUUUUCCCAGCCUUAGAUGAAGAAGAAGACAAGAAGAAAACAUUGUGGAUGGGAGGCGUGCUCGAGUGCUUCACCACCGUAUUUUCCUUAUUCACCCAAAGCGACCAAAAGCCUCAAGAAGAGGACUGGGACAUUUCCUACGAUAAGUUGUCGGAUCUGGUGUACUUGGGCGCUGGAGCCCAAGGCAUCGUGUUCGGCGGCCAAUACCGCGGCGAACUGGUAGCCGUGAAACAGCUUCGCGACAAAAAUGAUUGCAAUAUCAAACACCUUCGCAAGCUGAACCACGAAAACAUCGUGCAAUUCAAAGGCAUCAGUACUAAUGGACCUUCAGCCUGCAUCAUCAUGGAGUUUUGCCAAUACGGUCCUCUAUUCGAGUACAUCCAUAGUGGAUCUAGCUUCUUGCCCUCCCAGAUCUUGAAGUGGGCCAAAGAAAUAGCUCAAGGAAUGGCGUAUUUACACAGUCAUAAGAUUAUCCAUAGAGACUUGAAAUCUCCCAACGUCCUGAUUGCCGAUAACCUUGUGGUGAAAGUCAGCGAUUUCGGUACUAGUCGCGAGUGGAAUGAUGUGAGUGCCGUGAUGAGCUUCACGGGAACUGUAGCCUGGAUGGCGCCCGAAGUGAUCAGGCACGAGCCCUGCUCUGAACGCGUCGACGUAUGGUCGUAUGGUGUUGUCCUUUGGGAAUUGCUGACACAAGAGGUCCCAUACAAAAAUCUAGAGACACAUGCCAUAAUGUGGGGUGUGGGCACGGAUACGAUUGCCCUCCCCGUGCCGUCGACAAUGCCCGGAAGUAUGCAGCUACUCAUGAACCAGUGCUGGAACCGCACUCCGAGGAACAGGCCUCCCUUCAAGAUAAUUGCGGCUAAUUUGGAAAUUGCUGGGGCCGAACUAGCCAGUUAUCCUACGGAAUGCUUCAAGAAUAACCAAGUUGAGUGGCGCAAAGAGGUUCAAGACAGCAUGACUCGAUUCUUCGCAAGGUCCAAAUCGGAGCCGAAAGAGGCAGCUGGGGACGAUCCGGAAUCGGACAAGCACGCCCGGAGAAUAUACGAGAACCAGCUGUGCCGAGCCAACGAGCUGUACCUGGAGGUGUGCACCGUACGGCUGCAGCUUGAACAGCGCGAGAAAGACGUCGAGGAGCGCGAGAUUGCCCUAAGGGCUUGCCGUUGCGGUAUUCGCCGGAACUUAAAGUACCAUUACAAACCCUCCUCCUCGUCGUCCGAACUGAUGGCGGCCGAUCCACGGCGGAAGUUCAACAAGAAGAAGGAAGCCCAGGUGUUGGUGGUUCGAUAUGUGGAAAAGAAAAAAACCAACAAAGCUGUAUCGGUGGCGAUACCCGAAGGCGAAGUCCAUAAUGUCAUGGUGGAUGUAGCCUGCGAAUUAAAUAAAAAAUCGAUCGAAAAAAAUAAUAACCAGCCACCUAAGAAAAAAGAUACUAUUGUGGAGGUAAAUGGAAACAUUGGGGUUAAACCAAAGGGGCAUGGAAAGGUUGAUAACAAAUAUAAAAUUCCAGAUAUUGCUCAUGUUUAA